UUUGUUUACUGAUUAUAUUUAUUUUUUAUGAUUUUCGAAUUAUUAGCGAAUACAUAUCAAAUAUUUGACGAAUAAUUCGAAAUCAAAGUUGCAGAGUAAUGCUAAUCGAAUAUUUGACGAAUAAUUGGAAAUCAAAGUUGCAGAGUAACGCUAAUCGAAUAUUCGUGAAUUUUUUCAAACAUCAAUAUAAAUAAACAAAGCCAAUUCGAAUUUGUAUUACUAUUCUAAUUCGAAUUCGAACACGAAUAGCAUCAUAUAAACCGAACUCGAAUUUGAACAUUGCACUAUUCGUUCAAAUUCGAUUCGAUUCCACCCCUAUUCACGUCUCACUUCUUCGUCGAGUAGAAUUGUGGAUCUGGGUGGAUGUACCUUUAUCUGUUUUCACGAGAAAGGAUGAAUCCGAUCCAAAUCAAAUAUCAGGUACAUCACGAGAAUCACAACCCUAAAAAAUCCCAAAGCCCAAAUCGAUUUGAUCAGUUCGCUCCGCCCAAAUCAGCGUUUCUAGUUUCUACGAACAACAGUCAAUCGCUUCCUUUCGCUCUAAUCCAGCUCCCCUUGAUCUCUCUCAAGCGCCAUGGUGUCGAAAACAGAAGGAAUCGCUCUCUUGUCCAUGUACAACGACGAGGAGGAGGAAGAAGAAGAAGAAGAAGAACAGGAACACCAGCAACAUCUCCACCAACAUCAACAGAAAGAGGACGGCUCCGCCGCCGGAGUUCGAACCGAUCAAGAAACCGAGAAGACGGUGCACGAUAGCGCUUCUGAGCCUCAUACAGGCUACUUCCCCACAAAAUCCCCUCAAAAUCUCAGUUCUCCAUCGCCCGAGAUCAAAUCCCUUAGGAGCCCCACUCCACCGCCGUGGCCGAAAUCUCAGCGCUCGACGCCGAUGCAUCACGCUCCGUCGCCCUCGCCCACACCUCCUCCUGAGGCUGUUAACAGGCAGAAGAGGAGAAGUGGAGCCCUAGGGAUUGUGGACUACGAGCACGAUGAAGCGGCAAUGUCACCAGAAUCUGAGGAGGGGGAGAUAAUAAUGAGCACGGGCGGAGUGGUGGUUGGAAUGGAUACUCAGACUCCUGAUGGGAAUUUUGAAGAAAGAACACCUUCUGGAAGUGUUCGACUCUUGACACCAAGCACUCAACCGGAACUUCCUCAACCUUCUGAUUUACCUGAAGAGCCAAGAUCUGAGACCCUUAUGGCAAUUGAUUCUACUGGAACAGAGCCUAAAAUAGCUGAGGCUGAGAUAGUUCCUGUUAUUUCCGAAGAAGUAAAAAUAGAUGAUCCACUGAAUAGUUUUCUUCCUCCUCCCGUGUUGUCAAAGUGCGCUGAAGAGCUGCAGGAAAAGAUAAACAAGUUCCUUGCAUAUAAGAAGGCAGGAAAAAGUUUCAAUGCGGCUUUGCGGAAUAGGAAGGAUUACAGAAAUCCUGACUUUUUGCAACAUGCUGUGAGGUAUCAAGGUAUAGAUCAGAUAGGAACCUGCUUCAGUAGAGAUGUCUUUGACCCUCAUGGGUAUGAUAAAAGCGACUACUAUGAUGAGAUAGAAGCUGAUAUGAAACGUGAGAUUGAAAGGAAGGAGCAGGAAAGGAAAAAGAGUCAGAAAGUUGAUUUUGUUUCUGGUGGGACACAACCUGGCACAGUUGCUACUGCCUUAAAGAUCAGCACACAGAUCUCAGCUGUAACUAGUGGAUCAGUUUCAACAGCUCCUGAUGCUACUAGAGAGGUCAGGCAGAACAAGAAAUCAAAGUGGGAUAAGAUUGAUGGAGAUGUAAAGAAUCCGCUGCAUUCAGGUGGACAUGACAAUUCCUCAGGCACUGUUGUGCAUGCGGCGCACUUAUCUGCUGCAAAUGCUGGGACUGGAUAUACCGCCUUUGCGCAGCAAAAGCGAAAAGAGGCUGAAGAAAGAAGAUCGGGGGAUAGGAAGUUUGAUAGAAGAUCAUGAUUUAAGUGCUGCUCUCAUUGACGGGUCCAUCGAAAGUGGUUCCUCGUUUUUACUGUAUUCUAAAUCUGUUAUUGGGAGUCUGAGGUAUGACGCAAAAUCUGUAGCUUGGGUAUCCUCAAGUAAUGUCAGGUGAGCCUUGGAAUUUAACCUAGAAUACCGUGAUGAGAGAUGUAGCAUUUUUGCUCCCAUGUAAAGUUGCAAUUCCCAGAAAAAGUUCUCUGAUAAGUUGUAUAAUCUGGCUCACUUAUUUCAAAGGAGAUAGUUCUCGUAUGUUGCACCAUUCUCCAUUGUUCAUUAUCUGCUGCUACAAGAAAAUAAACACCAAGUGGCUAUCAUUUUGCUGACUGCAUGCGGCACUUGUAAAAGAGCUUAUUUGGAUUAAGUUUGAUAACUAGUUCUAUGUUGCCAAAGCUGUGUAUACACUGGAAUUCUUAUCGAGGAUUGAAAUC